AGACAGACUGCAGUGCAAAGUAGACCUUACUGGCUGCUUUCCUAUCUCAGACAUUUAUAAAACUAAAUGUGUAGUAGCUAAUUAGCAUUAUCUCUGCCAGAAUUCUUUGACAUGUCAAGGCGAAUUCUAAUUUAAAUAAAUAGUUAUAAGAAAGAAGCCUAUAUAUAUAUUUAUAUAUGAUAUUAACAGGGUUCGUACGCAGUCUGGAAAAAGUCUGGAAUCUUUAAAAAUGAAUUUCAGUCUGAAAAAAGUCUGGAAAAUCAGUACUUUUCACUCCGACUGAACAAAAAUGUCUGGAAAAAGUCUGGAAUUAAAAAAAAAAAGAAAAAAUAUUUCUCGCAAAAAAAAAAAAAGUCUCGGUUUCGUUUUAUAAUGAUAGCGGCUAGCCUAGAAAUCCAUAUUUAAAUGUAGUAAUGCAUCCGGCGGAAAGGCGCGUUCUGCGCAUGACUAGAUCUACUAAAACAUCCGUUUAUUUGAAUCCGUAUCAUUGAUGAUUCCUGCAUUGUCUUGUCAGUCUGGCGGUUGAUAACAUAUAUCGUGACUCUAGACACGGCCUAUUUUGUUUUUUCUGUGACUUGUGUGAAAAUGGGAAAAUGUUAUUUUUCGAAUCAGUGGCUUGAAAAAAUAGAAUAUAAACUAUGGUUACAAAGUUAUCCUAAAAAUGUUCGCAAUGCUGUCUGCCGUAUUUGUAAAAAAACAUUUGAUGUUUCUAAUAUGGGUGAACAUGCUUUAAAAAGCCAUGCAAAAGGUCUAAACCACAAACGAGAAGUUGAUCGCAUUCAGAAGGUUGAGGAAGGAAAGAUACCUGUGAUGGUUGACUAUUUUACUACAUUUAGGUGAGUAUUUUUUAUCAACUAGAGUUACUAGAGCUAUAUAUUAGAUCUAGAUCUAUAUAUAUUUAUUUACAAUUGGAUUAGAAUCUAUGUUAGUAGAUGGUAGAUCUAUAUCUAGAUAGAUUCUAGAUCUAUGUACUAAUACUAAUGUUACAUAUUGUAACAUAUAGAUCUAGAUGUAACCUAGUUUAAGUUGUGGAUCUAGAUCUAUAUUACUUAUAAGACUUGGAUUAAUUAAAAGUCUAGGUCACGUCUAAAUCUAACAUUAAAAUUUAUUAUAGAUUUAUUUUAUUCUAGAUCUAGACCUAGUCAUUUCAUCUAAGACAUUCUAAGAACUCACAUAGAUCUCUAGAAGAGCUAUAGAUCUAUCCUAGAUCUAGUAGAUAUAUUAGAUCUUCUGAUCUAGAAUGUAGUUUAGUAAACUUAAAAGAGUAUUAUUCUAUGACUGUAGUCACAUUGUGAUUGUAGUGAGAUUAUGAAAAAAAAAAGGAAAAUCAACAUCCUCGCAUGCAUCUACUGAACCAUCUUCUUUAGCCAACUCACCCACAACUUCAUCUUCUAAAAAACCACUCCUUGCUACUGGAGAUAGUGUUUUGACUGCUGAAGUGCUUCACUGUUUGAACUUGGUGGAAAAGCACCAUUCUUUUAACAGUAGCAACAGUAGUUCGGAUCUGUACAAAAAAAUGUUUCCUGACUCAGCUAUUGCUUCUGGUUUUUCCUGCUCAGAAAGGAAGGCAGCAUAUAUGUCAACGUUUGGCAUAUCCCCAUACUUGGCUGAAUUACAACGAAAGGCUGUCCUCUCUGAAAAAGAUUAUGUGCUUUUGUUUGAUGAGACACUAAAUGGCCCACUACAAUCAAAGCAGCUAGAUGUUCAUGUGCGUUAUUGGAAUGGCAGUAGUAUAACAACAAGAUACCACAUGUCAUAUUUUCUAGGCCAUUCAAGGGCUGAUGACCUCCUAGAUAAAUUAAGAGAAUCUAGCAGAUUCUUUAAUAGAGGUGGACUGCUACAGCUUUCCAUGGAUGGUCCAAACGUCAACUGGAAAGUUUUUGACAUCUUUCAGGCAGAGCUUAUGCAAGAGUCUUCUGUAAAACUUUUGAAUGUGGGAUCUUGUGGACUCCACAUUGUCCACAACUCAUUUAAAGCAGGCCAUUCUGCCACAUCCUGGGAUAUUGGAUCCUGGCUGUCAGCAUUACACUGGUUGUUUAAAGACAGUCCAGCUAGACGGGAAGAUUUUAUUAAUCUUACAGGGACAAGUACAUUUGCUUUGAGAUUUUGUGGACACAGAUGGCUGGAAAAUGUUCCUACUAUUCAGAGAGCUCUACAAAUAUGGCCAGCAGUGAAAGUGUUCUUAAACAAAAUAAAGGGUGAUAAAUCUAAAGAACCCACAUGUAAGUCAUACAAAAAUCUUGUGGACUUUGCUGCUGAUGCUCUGCUAGAAGCCAAGGCUCAAAUUUUUUUGUCCAUUGCACAAGAACUCCAGCCUUUUCUGACUAAAUAUCAGACGGAUUCACCUAUGAUGCCAUUCAUUGCUGAAGAUUUGUUCACCACAAUUAAAUCUUUGCUAAGAAGGAUACUUCAGGCUGAAACACUGAGCAAAUUAAAAAGUCCACGUGAUCUUAUUGCUCUUGAUCUUAAAAGUAAGGACAUCUUUUUGGCAUAUUCAAAAAUUGAGAUAGGAAUUGCUUCGUCUAAGGUGUUGCAGAAGAUUAAGGCAACAGAUCUGCAAAUAAUGACUCUAAAAAAUGAGUGCAGGCAAUUUAUUUCAAGUCUGGUUUCUAAAUUACUAGACAAGUCACCAGUUAUGAUUCGUUUAGUACAGAAACUGUCCUGUCUGAAUCCAUCAUUGAUGGCAUCAUCUCCCCAACAAGCAGCUUCCCGAUUUAGGGAUUUGUUAAUAAUUCUGGGAGAUUCAGGAAGGAUUUCUUUAAAUGAAUGUGACCAGAUUUACAACAAAUUUGUCAAAUGCCUGGAAGCUUUGGAAGAAAACAAUGUGAAACCAAAGUUUGAAUUGUUUCACCCAGCAACAGAGCGUUUGGAUGAUUUUUUAUACAACAAUUUUAAACCACUUGAUACAGCUCUCUGGGGUGUUUUGAGACCCUUACUUUUGUUAUCUCAUGGCCAGGCGACUGUUGAAAGAGGAUUUUCACAUAACAAAGAAGUCAUGAUUGAAAAUAUGCAUGAGGAAACUUUAAUUGCACAGAGAAGAAUAUGUGACUUUUUAAAAGUAAAUGGUGGUGUGUUAGAUGUAGCCAUUACCAAACCUUUACUGACAGCUGCUGCCUCUGGACGUCAGAACUAUAAUCAAUAUUUGGAAAAACAAAAGACUAAAAAAGCUGAGAUGGCCAAAAGUUUGAAAAGAAAAAGACAUGAUGAUGAGCUGUCAGACUUGAAAGCAAAACGGAAAAAGCUCAUGGAAGAAGAAAAAUUUUUAAGGUCAUCGGCUGACAAAUAUGCAGAUGAGGCAGAAGCUAAACAAAAUUUUAAGCUUUUAUCAAAAUCUAAUGACAUGCGCCACGAGGCUAAAGUCAAGUCAGCUGAACUGGUUGUUCUAGAAAGAACAAUACAGUCAAAGCUCCAGAAGCUUUUAGACUGUUGAGUUUUUCAUCAUCUGUAUAUAUGUAUAUAUUAAUCUCUUUAUGUAAGUAAAGAAAAUGUUUUUUAUUUAAUCAUAUAUUAUUUGUCUUUUUAAAAAUUGGUACGAUUUGAUGAAUUUUUUGAGUCUGGAAAUUUUUUUUGAAAGUCUGGAAAAUGUCUGGAAUUUAAUUUUACUUAAGCUGUAUGAACCAUGGAUAUAUAGAAGACUUUUUUUG